GAAGUGCAUGAGGUGAGGCGAAAAAAGUACCUUCCAAUCCCUGCGCCUAACCAGCCACUAGGAUCAUUCAUCAGCUCCAUCUUCAUCGAGUACUUCAAUCAAGCAGACAGUAUCUACUCUGCCUCGCCAAGAUAACCCUGAGGAUCAGUAUGAAGGACCAGGAAUAAAGUAGUAAACCCCACAUUUGCAUCGGACACCGAGGAGGAUUUCCCCCACUUUUGCCACUUUGGAGAAACCGGACGGCACCGGAGAACCCGUAAGGCGUAACCCUAUUCUAUUUGGUGCUUCAGGUGCAGCCAACACGUUGUUCCACGCGGAACAGAGGAGGCACAGCGGCGGCAGCAGCAGCAGCAGUGAAGAGCGGGCCAGUGGGUUUAUUCGUUUGCCUUCAGGACAGCGGGAUAAUGGUGCACUGUGCGGGCUGCGAGAGGCCCAUCUUGGAGCGCUUUUUAUUGAACGUGCUGGACCGAGCUUGGCAUGUCAAGUGUGUCCAGUGCUGUGAAUGCAAGAGCAACCUAACGGAGAAAUGCUUUUCCAGGGACGGCAAGCUUUAUUGCAAAAAUGACUUUUUCAGACGGUUUGGUACGAAAUGCGCCGGCUGCCUCCAGGGUAUCUCCCCGAGCGACCUCGUGCGGAAGGCGCGGAACAAGGUGUUCCACUUGAACUGUUUUACCUGUAUGGUCUGCAACAAGCAGCUUUCCACGGGGGAGGAAUUGUAUAUAAUUGAUGAAAACAAGUUUGUGUGUAAAGAAGAUUAUGUGAACACUUGCGCCAUUAAGGAAGUCAAUUUAAAUUCAGUGUCUUCGUGUACAGACAGAAGUUUAUCACCAGACCUCCAAGACCCCACAAACGAAGACACUAAGGAAACGGACAAUUCCACUUCUUCAGACAAGGAAACGAACAAUAAUGAGAACGAGGAGACGAACUCGACCACGAAGAGGAGAGGCCCGCGGACUACUAUUAAAGCGAAGCAGCUGGAGACGCUGAAGGCGGCCUUUACAGCCACCCCCAAACCUACCAGACACAUCCGGGAGCAACUGGCACAGGAGACCGGCCUCAACAUGAGAGUCAUCCAGGUGUGGUUCCAAAACCGGCGGUCCAAAGAGAGGCGAAUGAAACAGCUGAGCGCGCUGGGGGCAAGGAGGCAUGCCUUCUUCAGGAGCCCGCGGCGCAUGAGGCCGCUGGGCUCGCGGCUUGAUGAAUCCGAAAUUAUGGCGUCUGGGCCUUAUAACUACUACGGAGAAUACCAAGGAGAUUACUACGGGCCUCCUGGAAACUACGACUACUUCCCUCACGGCCCUCCCUCCUCGCAGGCUCAGUCCCCAGCCGACCCCAACUACCUUCCCGGCUCAGGACCUGGCCAGCUGGAGGGCCCUCUCUCAGGGCACCACCCCUCAGAAAACCAAAGGUACACGGACAUGAUCUCACACCCAGACACCCCUAGCCCCGAGCCGGGCCUCCCUGGGCCCCUGCACCCCAUCCCUGGGGAGGUGUUCAGCGGGGGCCCCAGCCCACCCUUCUCGGGCUACAACGCCCCUCUGUCCCACCCAGGCCAGGAAAUGAGCGAAACCGCUGUGUGGUAGAGGCCUGCUCACACCAUUCUGGUAUUGCCAAGGAACUUUCUGAACUUGUUUGAGAAAAAUAUCACAUCCGGACCUCUAUACCAAAAUAGAAAGCGAUAUGGAUCCUGAAGCAGUCUUGGACAGUCUGUGUGAAGGUGGAGAGACAAGGACUGAGAUCACCUGCACAGUGGUGCUCCAUCAUCGCUGUAGCUUUCACAGGGAAUCAAGCUGUUCAUGCAGCCAUGCUGGGUCCUGGUUGCCUGUGUGAUUUCUGUUUAUUUUAUCAACAUGCUAUUCGACAAAUUCUCCCAAUGCAGAUGCUGUUUUCUGCACUGUCAUUCAAGUGUGGGAGAUGCAGAGCAGCCCUAUGAUAUCCCAGUCACUGUAUGUGUAACAGAGUGGAGAAUGGGCGCUUAAUGGGGCACACCACAAGCAAGCGACUUAACCACUAUGCAAAAGAGCCAGGCUCGUGUGCAUUUGUGGUUAUAGAGUUUGUAAGCGCACUGGCAGGGGUCCGAAUUGGUAAUGGCAUUACACACACCACUGCCCGUUACACAUGGUUGUGGUCAUUUUGGUUCUAGCUACUCAGAAGGUUGAAAGAAAGAGUUGCUAGUGUUCCUACCCUAAACAAAUCAAUCAAUAAAAAUACAUAAUCUACACUGUAUUUUAAGUAAUAAUGAACCACACAAUCUCUAACUCAUCAUUUUCUGCACACUUUUCUGUAGGCACACAAAUAAAGUUCAAUCUUGAAUCACUACAGUAUUAAUCAACCAACAUUAUAACAAGCUCUCUGCUAGCACUCCUGUGUUUGUUCAGUGGCGAGUUAGCUCUGAGAUAGCUCUGUGAAGCUUUGUGUAUUAGCCCUGGGAUUGACAGCAACAGUGGUUUUGGUUAACUAAUAAUAAACCAUUACAGAAACCGAUCCGUAGUGUCACUGGGUAUAUUCAUGGAUACACUUGCUGCUUUUCAACAGUUAUUUUUCAGGGGUUCACAAAAUGCUGGAAAUAAAGGGUAGGUGUUUAACUGGGGUUCUGCAUUGGAAUACCAGUACACCUGUGAAUUAUACAACAGGUUUCACCCCUUUCAGUUUCUGACCAGCUGAGCUGAUGACACGCCCUGAUUGAGUGGGGCGGAGAUACUGGUAUCUACAGUCAACAACAGGAAAGCGUCAGGUAUGAUUGAAGCCUGUUUCACUUGCUGUGAUUUCCCUUAUCUUGAGUAUCUCUUCCCUGGCUGCAUUUGGUCAGCCAUUGAACAUGACCAACAGUUUCAAUUAUGCUCAAAAGUAAAUGACUCCAACAGGCUAGUGAUUACAGUUUCUUACAGUAUUGUGUGAGCCCCUGAAAAAUAAAGGUUGAAAAGGAGUGUGCGUAUUGAAGGUGUUUCUUCAGCAGCAUUGUGUGCCACUCUCACUAUGACCAGUCAGGUGUUGGGCCACUCCAUCUUAGGAGGAGCCGUCCAACCAAAUGGAGCGGGGUGGGGGGGUGGGGCUUCUAUUACCAGGUUAGUGUAGUUUAGAUACCAGUGCCAAAAACAUUAGUAUCCCGUUGCUAUUUCUAUCAGGAUCCCAGUGCCAUUGUCCCUCGUUGCACAAUGUGACAGAGGGGCUGUGCAACCAAAACUGACCUCCUUUCUGUGGCUCGUUCUUUUUAAUAGAAAAGAACAUUACAGUUAUUAUUCACGAUACCCUACAACAGCUGAUGCCUGCGCUGUGAAUGGCAGGAUUGUUUUCUUUUCUCUCAGAAAGAAAAAUACAGCAGCAUCUGGGAUGUAUCACAUCACUCUGUCCUGAGAAAGUGCCAUACCACCACCUGCUGGGGGUAUUUGGAAUAGAGGGAGAGUUUCCCCAUACGAGAGCUGUCUGCUCUCCUGCUCAAACUGUGUCUGAGUCACUCCUCGUACACAGAGCCAGUCAAGUAUUUGUUGUGCCAGUUAAAACAUGAUCAAGCAAGUUUGUAAGAAAGUCAAGCAGUCCAACUGACGCUGAAGAAGGCCGUAGCCAAAUUGUUUAAAUUUGCUAUUGUGGAAAAAACAUCAGAGCUACACAGACAUACACAACCGUGAACACUAUGAUGUAGGCUAUAAGUUCAUGGUAUCACUAAACACCUUUCCUUACUGAUUGGUCAUUCCAAAUGCUUUCAACUGAGAUCCAAUCAUGUACCGGAUUCAACACAGGCCCCGCCUAUCUUCCCUCCCCCAGCUGUCCUGUUACCCAGGGUUUUAUUUCAACAGAAAGUUUGUAUCAUUUUUGGUUCAGCAGAAAAAAGUUUGUAUUUUUGUUUUUCAGAAGACCAGUUACUUGUAGAUUUCUUACUUUGUAUAAAAUACAGAUGAAAUAUAUCCUUGUUAUUUAUUGUCCGGUUCCAGUGUGCUCUGGAAUUGGGCCCGUGUGAAGGACAGGGGAUAGGCCAGUUCACCCAGCUCCUCCUAUACAUGUUACUGGUUUUGUUGUUUCAAUGUGAAUAAAACAUGUUUUAGUUAAAC